AUGCAGUUCUCUCUCAGCGCCGUUGUCAUCGCUUUCGCCUCUCUGGCUACUGCUCUUCCCACCGAGUCUACUGGUCUUCUGAGCCAGGGUGGUCACGGUGGUAUCAAGUGGCCCGUUCCUGGUGGCAUGACCGUCAAGGAGGCCCAGUCUAAGUGUGGUGACCAGGCUCAGCUGUCUUGCUGCAACAAGGCCACCUACGCUGGUGACACCACUGAUGUCAACUCCGGCCUUGGUGGUGGUCUUCUCUCCAACCUGAUCGGUACUGGAUCCGGUGCCGCUGGUGCCGGUAUCUUCGACCAGUGCUCCAAGCUGGAUGCUCAGAUCCCCAUCCUCAUCGCCGUCGAUGCUCAGGACAUCCUCGACCAGCGCUGCAAGCAGAACAUUGCCUGCUGUGCCAACUCCCCAUCCGAUGCUGGCAACGACCUCAUUGGCGCUGGUCUUCCUUGCGUUGCCCUUGGCUCCAUCCUGUAA